ACGGCGGGGGCGGGGCGGUCACGUGUGCGGAGGGGGCGAGGCUGCAAGCCGCCGAGGAGCAAUCCGAGUCCCAGCCGAGUGGCUGCGCCGCCGGGAGAAAACUGUGACCAGGACCUAGGGGCUGAAGGUGGCAGGACGCCUCCGAGGCACUCAAGGCACCAGCGGCCAGGACCUGGCUCAGGCCGGUCUGCAGCCGGUCUGGGGGACAACUGUCAGGGACGGAGGACGCCAAGGAAAAGUGAGAGCCGAAGCUUGGGGCUGAGCGGAAGAGUCCCACUCGCUGGCUUUUACGCAGGCUGGGGACUCAGUUUAUUCCUCUGGAGCAGGCUGGGCAAGUGCCACGUCAGCUGUAGCUGACCAGGCGACACCACUGUCCUUUAAGUCGACUCGAGUUGUCAGCACCUGCUUAGGGCGCCAGGAGAGGCUGCGGUCAUGGUGAAUGAAGACCCUAACCAACAGGACCACGAUGGCACCCCUUCGCAAACUUCGGCGCUCCAGGAGCACCCCAAUUUCUCAGUCCACCCCAGCGUCUCGGCCCACCCCAGCGUCUCGAUGCACCCCAGCGUCUCGGCCCACCCCAGCGUCUCGAUCCACCCCAGUGUCUCUGUAUACCCUAGUAGUUCGGCCCACCCAAGUACCUUGGCUCAACCUAGUGGCUUGAUCCAACCCAGUAGCUCGGGCCCUGAAGAUCUUAGCGUGAUCAAGGUGAGCAAGCGCCGGUGGGCGGUGGUCCUGGUGUUCAGCUGCUACUCCAUGUGCAACGCCUUCCAGUGGAUCCAGUACGGCUCCAUCAAUAACAUCUUCAUGAACUUCUACGGGGUUAGUGCCUUUGCCAUCGACUGGCUGUCCAUGUGCUACAUGCUGACCUACAUCCCUCUGCUCCUGCCGGUGGCCUGGCUCUUGGAGAAAUUUGGCCUGCGGACCAUCGCCCUCACUGGCUCCGCUCUCAACUGCCUGGGGGCCUGGGUGAAGCUGGGCAGCCUGAAGCCACAUCUCUUCCCAGUCACGGUGCUGGGCCAGGUCGUCUGCUCUGUGGCCCAGGUCUUCAUCCUGGGUAUGCCCUCCCGUAUUGCUUCCGUCUGGUUCGGGGCUAAUGAGGUGUCCACCGCCUGCUCCAUAGCUGUCUUUGGCAAUCAGCUUGGAAUUGCCAUUGGGUUCUUGGUCCCUCCCGUCUUGGUACCCAACAUCAAAGACCAGGACAAGCUUGCCUACCACAUCAGCAUCAUGUUCUACAUAAUAGCAGGUGUGGCCACUCUGCUUUUCAUCCUUGUCAUCAUAGUGUUCAAAGAGAAGCCUAAACAUCCUCCAAGCAGGGCCCAGUCCCUGAGCUAUGCCUUGGCGUCUACUGAUGCUUCGUACUUAAGUUCCAUCAUCCGACUCUUCAAAAACCUCAACUUUGUGCUGCUAAUCAUCACCUAUGGUCUGAAUGCUGGUGCUUUUUAUGCCUUGUCCACUCUGCUGACUCGCAUGGUGAUCUUCCACUACCCGGGGGAAGAAGUGAAUGCUGGAAGAAUCGGCCUGACCAUCGUCCUUGCAGGAAUGCUUGGGGCUGUGAUCUCAGGCAUCUGGCUGGAUAGGACCAAAACCUACAAGGAGACAACUUUGGUGGUCUAUAUCAUGACUCUGGUGGGCAUGGUGGUUUACACAUAUACCUUGAACCUGGGACACUUGUGGGUAGUAUUCAUCACAGCUGGCGCAAUGGGAUUCUUUAUGACUGGCUACCUCCCACUGGGGUUUGAGUUUGCCGUGGAGCUGACAUACCCGGAAUCAGAAGGCAUGUCGUCUGGCCUCCUCAAUGUGUCUGCCCAGGUAUUCGGGAUCAUCUUCACCAUCUCUCAGGGCCAGAUUAUCGACAACUAUGGAACCAUGCCUGGGAACAUCUUCCUGUGUGUCUUCCUGACCCUUGGAGCGGUGCUCACUGCAUUCAUCAAGGCAGAUCUCCGGAGGCAGGAUGCAAACAAAGAAAUUCCUGAGACUAAACCCCAGGAGGGGGAGGAGGAGGAGGACAGCAAGAGCAGCAGAGCCCCCACCACUGUGCAGGAGGAGCAUUUCUGAGAGAGGGCAGAGGAGCGACUCGGGGGACUCGGACCGCCCCCACCUCUCCAGCCAGCAGAGCUCUGCCUGCCAGCCCCACGGCCUUCACCGAGCAGCUUCUGGGGGAACUGGGAGGAAUAUCUGUGUCUUGUAGGAUAGUGCCUCUGCCUCCUGGAACCCACUCCAGAGCUUGCCCUGUGUCCGUGGGGCUGAUGCCCUUUCCACCACACAGGUUGGGGCCCCGCCCUCCCCCUGCAGGUUCUGGGAGCUGGGGAGGCAGAGAGAAUCCUGGAGUCAGUCCUGGCUGCUGCCUCACCUUCCUGCUCCAGUCCAUCUCUUGGGACAAAGCCUGCACAUUAUCCCGAAAGAAAGCUUAUUCAGGAGAUUAACGUUUUCUAGUGUCUGAAGACCCUUAGGAGCCCAGUUUUAAGGAGCAGCGGCUGCUCUGGAUGAGGGUCAUUCUUGGGCCCCCAGACUGACCACUGAGAUUCUGUGGGAGAGCAAACACCCUCAGGACAAACCCUCAGGACUCUGGGACCAGGUUCUUCUGGCUCAUGUUGCGAAUGUCUGCAAACCCUCUCUCCUCAGAGCUGAUCAAACCAAACAUCAAUAAACUUGAUAAAAACAUUGCUGUGACCUAGAAGACUAAGCCGAUUUCAGACAGUUGACCUCAGGAUGUGAUGGUGCUAAGAAUCUGGGGAGUCUGGUAGCCUGAUUCGGGAACAGAAAGGCUCUCUUCUGCAGAAGACAUCCCGGCCCAGGGCCUUGUGUGCGUCACUGCCACCUCCGUGCCUUCCUCCAGACUCCACUCAGGGGCUCGUGUUCUCCUGCCUGUGACCCUCACUGCAAACUCAGCUGGGUCCUUCCCCCCUGAGAACUCCAAAGGUCCCUGAGCGAUGAGGGGAAGGGGCAGAAGGAGAGGUGGCCCGUGAAUGGGACUCGGGUCUGCUGGGUUAGGUAAGCAUGUCCACUUCUGGUGGGGACAGUGUUUGCAGCCCCAGCCCCUCUCGCCACCCCCUUCUAUAAUAGUAAUAAUUCUUUCUCAGAUAUUCUGAAUUUAAAAGGACUCCCUUUCGAUCAGGGGCUUCUCAGGUAUCGCCAGUGGUAAAGAAUCUGCCUGCCAAUGCAGGAGACUCAAGAGACACAGGUCCGAUCGCUGGGUCGGGAAGAUCUCCUGGAGCAGGAAAUGGCAUCUCACUCCAGUAUUCUUGCCUGGGGAAUCCCAUGGACAGAGGAGCCUGGCAGGCUGUAGGCUAUGGAGUCCCAGAGUCAGACAUGAGUGAGCGCACACAUACACAUGUCCUUUCAACCAGCCCAAGCUGCCUUCUCCUGCCUCACCUGCUGUCUGGCUCUACUCACGGGCUUGGGGAGAAUCUCCUCAAAAUAGGACAUUUUGGUUGUUUCUCACGUGCCUUGAGCUCUGUGAUCACAACCUCUGUGCUGCUUUGUUGUGGCCACUGCCCCGGGCUCAGCGUACUGGAGCUGCCUGCAUGGAAGCACUGCUUGGGUGCUUGGGCCACUGCCCGAGGGCAGCUGGUGUGUGUGUGUGUGUAUACAGUGCUCUGUACAUAAAAGAAGAAGUUCACACUUCUGGUGCAAGGACUGAGUUAGGGGUGGAAAGGAGGUGGAAAAUGAAGGUGCCUUACUUUUUCAUAAGCAGAAAGUGUUUACUCUUGAGUCUCUUAAUUUUAUAAACAAAAUGUUUACUGAAACCAUCGUUUUAUUUGAAAUCAUAAUUAGUAUUUUCUAUUUGUAACACCAGAUGUAUUAAAGCAAUAAAAUAUC